AUGCCAUUCAGCCCGGCUACUGGUACACCAGCAAGAGACGAUACGUAUGAUGUUGGUCCAACCAAUGGGCCGACUAUGGGUUCGCCUAUGGGCCGAGUGACAUUUCUGAAGAUGAAAUCGAAAGCUAUACUUAAUCGCCUUGAAAGUAUAGCCACCGACUUGGAUCCUGAUAAUCUGCACAGUAAGGAUGAAUAUGCUCUCAACGCAAUACUGGAAUUAUUGGUGGAGCUGAAAUCCAGUUUUUCGGUCACCCACACAAGUUUGGAGGAACUGGACUUCGAGUCGAUUACCAGUGACCUACCUGCCAAAUUCGAUACCACGCUAGUCAAUCUCAGAGCCACUCUGCAACGGGAGAUCGGGAAGCGCAGUACUUCACAACAUUGCUCAACUUUUCGGAUGAACACCGCGGACACACAGUCUAUAAUUGUAAACGCAAAUCGUUCGCGUGUGCCACUGCUAACGUUGCCCAAAUUUAGUGGGGCUUACACUGAGUGGACAAAUUUUUACGCAAUGUUCACAUCUGUAAUCGACAAAGACAGUGAACUGACACAAGUGGACAAGCUUCAACAUUUGCGGUCUUGCCUUAGUGGUGCUGCCCUGGACACCGUGGGAUCACUCGAGAUAAACGACAUUAACUACAAAAUUGCAUUAGAACUUUUACAAAAACGAUUUGAUAAUAAACGUCUUAUCUUUCAGGCACACAUCAGGGGAAUAUUUGAGUUGGACAAGGUGGAUUCGUCCGUACACACGUUGCGGGCAUUGACAGACAAGGCAAUCGCGCAUAUGCGCGCUCUACAAUCUAUCGGCUCAAAAGAACAAAUAUCCGAUAGCAUCCUCAUUCAGUUGAUAGUGCAAAGGUUAGACAAGGUGACUCAAGCUAAAUGGGAGGAGAUUUCGACAAGCAACGACCUACCCUCUUGGAACCAACUAGCUGGAUUCUUAGAAAAACGCUGUCGUACACUCGAAAACGUCGAAUAUGCAUUGCAGACACAAGCUAGCAUUCCGGUAAAAGUCCUCAAAAGCGUGAGUACAAAUCCAAGAAAAUCUUUUGUUGCUUCGAAUAGCUCAGUAGGUAGUUGCGUAUUUUGCGAAUCCCCCGAACAUGUAAUUUACCGUUGUCAACGCUACGUCAAUUUGUCGCCAAAUCUACGCCAGAAAGAAGCUAAAAGGCUCAACCUAUGUCUUAAUUGUUUGAAGAAAGGUCAUCAGAUUCGGGACUGCAAAUCGGGACCAUGUCGCAGCUGUCAAGCGAAGCAUCAUACACUGUUACAUUUUGAUCGGUUAUCCAUUUCACCAACUGCUCAGUGCCAAGCACCUUGCACUACUUCUGAAUCGAAUGCUAGGACUGCAUCAUUAUCUGUCACGUCCCAUGCUCAUACUCCUUCUCCUGAUGUUGUGCUCCUCGCCACUGCAAUUGUUCUAAUUAAAAAUCGUGCUGGAACCUUCGUACCUUGCCGCGCCCUCCUAGAUUCGGGUUCGCAGCUUCACUUCGUUACAACUCGUUUCGCUAACCAGCUACAACUUACUAGGACGAAAUCAUUGGUCGCAGUCUCCGGCAUUGGAGAUGCAAGCUUUUCGACUGAUGGGUGCUCCGUUGAUAUAGUUCUGAAGUCGCGGACUUCAGAUUUUUGUACAAAUAUGACUGCUGUUGUGGUGAAAACAAUUACCGAUAGUCAACCAGUCGCUUCAAUAAACAUCGCUAAUUGGAACAUACCCUCAAACAUUCAACUAGCUGAUCCUGGUUUUAACGUGCCCCAGCGUAUUGAUCUGCUCAUCGGAGCAGGACUUUUCUAUGAGCUAUUUUGCGUAGGACAGAUUCAAUUAGCACCUAAAAUACCAUUACUUCAAAAAACUCGCCUUGGUUGGGUUCUGUCUGGCGGUAAGCAACAGGCCCCCAAACUUUCAACAUUCGUAGCAAGUCACAGCUCAACUACAGAUAUCAAUAUUGAUGAUCGGCUGGAUGAUUUAGUCCGGCAGUUUUGGGAGAUCGAUCAUGUCGUUGAACCGAUUUCCAAAAAUUCUAAAGAGGAGCUUGACUGUGAGUUGCAUUUCAAGCAAAAUUUCAUUCGUUUAGCCUCAGGCGCAUAUUCGGUUCGCCUGCCAACAAAGCUAAAUUUAGAUUCGUUAGGUGAGUCGUACUCACAAGCUCGACGCCGAUUUCAAAACCUAGAAAGAAAACUCGUACGUAAUCCUGAGCUCAAGGCAAAAUAUUGUGCAUUCAUGAAAGAGUAUCGUGACCUCAAUCACAUGUCGUUAGUUCCAAACUCUGCUAUCCAUGAGUGCAAAUAUUUUCUGCCGCAUCAUUGCGUCAUUAAAGACGAAAGUACUACAACAAAAUUAAGAGUUGUUUUUGACGGUUCUGCAGCUACAACCUCGGGUUUAUCACUUAAUGAUUUACUCAUGACUGGUCCAACAAUUCAGCCCAAACUUUUCAAUAUUUUGAUUCGUUUUCGUACGUUUCCGAUUGCACUCACUGGAGACAUCUGCAAAAUGUAUAGAUGCGUCCGGAUCUACCCACCGGAUAGCAUGCUCCAGUGUAUAUUGUGGCGUGAUUCUCCUGAAGAUGACUUAAAUAUAUAUAAAUUAGACACUGUAACAUAUGGAACUAAAUCUGCGGCAUUCCUAGCGAUUCGUUCAAUGCACCAACUUGCGUCGGAUGAAUCCUCAGUUUAUCCACUUGGUUCGCGAACCAUCAUUCGAGAUUUUUACGUAGACGACUUGAUAAGUGGUGGCGAUACUUUGGAAGAAGUAGAAGAAAUCAAACGACAAACAACGAAUAUUCUCGCUCGAGGUAACUUCCAGCUAAGAAAAUGGUGUUCCAAUAGUCCAGAUGUUCUUCGUAAUAUUCCUGAUACUGAUAAACAAGACUUGCUUAAGUUUAAUGACGGCAGCGACAUCACCAAGGCAUUGGAUGAUUUUGGCCUUAUUCGUGUCGGUGGCAGACUUAGACAUUCAACACUCAACCUUGAAGCACGUCAUUCAUGCAUCCUUCCAAAGAAUCACCCACUGACAUUCGCCAUAAUAACAUAUUAUCACCAGAAUCCGGAAGAUCUUGAUGUGCUUACGCCAGGUCACUUUUUGAUUGGUGGCCCACCAACCGCUUUUCCUGAACCUAAUCUUACGUUACUGAAUUAUAACCGGCUCAAUCAAUGGCAACGCGUAUCCUACAUUCAACAAAUUUUCUGGAAGCGUUGGAAGCGAGUUAAAUGGCGGACGCCUCAGCCUAGCAUCCAGGUGAACGACAUUGUGUGCAUCAAAGAGGAAAACACGGCUCCACUAAAAUGGCCUUUGGCACGGGUAGUCGAACUCAUCACUGGAACUGACGAUGUUGCACGAGUAGCCGUCUUGCGUACACCUACUGGCAUUACACGUAGAGCUAUCAAUAAGCUGUGCGUCCUUCCUGUAAAUGCUUCUGUUCAAAGCCCUGACCUUUCAACGGGGGGGAGGAUGUUCGGAGCAGCAGCUAAUCCCGCUACACAACCUACAAACUAA